AUGUUUAGUCAUCUAUGUUGUUCAUAAUUUUGCUCCAGUCGCUAUGCAUGAUGUCCGAGCAAGAAAAAAACGGAUGUUGAGUAUAUACUCACUGGAAAGAACGUCUUGAGAGUGUUUACAUAUAAUACCAUUAACGCCUGCCACAGAAGGCUAGAUGACCAUUCAUUAAUGCUCUGCAUGAGCUACAAAGUGUGCAUAGAGAUUUUCCCCGCGUUUGAUGACAAAUCGCGGAGAGAGUUGCGGGCAGACGGAGUUAGUGAGCAGGAGCCGGCGACGUGAAUGAGCGAGUGAGUUAACGGUGCCCCAGCAGACGCGAAUGCAUCACAUAGGUGAUGUAGGCCACGGGGCGCUCACCGGCCAGCCAGUCCAAGUCCGACGACCGCUGCGGAAGCAUCUUCUCCGUCUUGCGUAACGAAUAUCGCGAUAUAUUCGAGGAGCAUGAAACCAACGUGCCUUUCGCUUUGACCAAAAAGUAAGGAACAAGAGGAAAUUAAGAAAAAUUCAUUUACGCUUCUCGGAAAAAUAAUAGAUAAACAUGGCACCUGCUGUAAGCGAUUUGACUGCCAGAGUUAUGCGGGGCGCGUUUACUCUUCUGUGCUGUGUCGCGAUCUGCUAUUCGUUAGAGGUCUCGAGCGAAGAAGAUGAGGAGCGAAAAAAGCGGCCUUCCUCGGCUUUGCUCGCCACCGCCAAGGAGACGUCGAUUGCCAACUUUGUGCGACUGGUGGCAAUGCGGCUCGUCUUCAGCCUCGCCUAUCAGGUCGGCCUCGGUGAAUGGGCUUCAGGACUUUUCAACGGAGCCCUGGUGCCGCCGGGCUCUGACUACGACGAUUACGGCGACUACAAGGACGAAGGCGGCGAUGAUUAUGACGACGACGAGGAUUACGGAGCCGCCUUUGACUUCAAAUAGUGUAAAAGGUGCGUGUGUAAAGUCAAAGUUAAAAUUUUCGCGAUUUCCUGAAUCCGCGAAAAAAAGUGAUUAUGUUACCCAUUGCGUUUAAUUAACGCCUGCAUACAAACACCAAAAAGUGUCAUUUAAUUUAUUGAAAUGUAUUUAUUUAAAUAAAAUAUAUAAAUUUAUAUUGAAAGCUAACUCUCGAGGUGGCAGAUUUAAUUUAUCCGAUUUUCAUGAAUUUAUAAUGCCUUCUUUUUAAGAGUGCUCUUUGCCUUCAGCCGCGGCUACGACUUAUGAGUCAUCUGCAUUUGCCAGUAUAAUUCAAUAAUGGAUCCGUUGACUCCAAAGAAAUUGCAACAAUGUUGAUUUUAAAAUAUAAUUUAUUUCCAGAAAUUGUCCAACAUGUACAAAAAUUUCUGUUUGUUUCUAUUAGCUGUAAUUAAACAGCUAAAUUUCAAAUUGAAUAUUAUUUUAUUAUCUCCGUUUAGCGAAAUUUGAAAUACACGCUUUAAUUUUAAGUGUGUUACUAUGCAUUACUAUGUGCAAAGACAAAGAACCAGAAGAAAAGCUGGAUUAUUUUAUUUUACAUCGUUUCCUCUGAGGAGCUAUUCAAAAUGCAAUACCCUCAAGCUCUGGUGUCUCUUAUUAAAAGCAGCUCUAGGCAGAUUGGUGAAAUGCGAAUCAUUAAACUGUUCUGUAGAUAGUAGUUUUCAAAGUGUUUAAUUUAUAUCUUUUUAUGUGGAAUACACGAAAGCUGGCUUUUAUCUAUUUUACAUUCCAACCAAAAAGGAUCAUCGUCUCUGCAUGAUUAUUUAUUGAAAUUUGAAUUCCUUCUAAAUUACAAACAUAUAACAAGUAAAAAAAGCUCCAUGAUGGGGCACGGAUUUUGGCUCUCUGGUCAUUUUCGAGUAAAAGCGAAAUAAAGGCCAUAAAGCCACGGCAUGGCGAUGCCAGCGGCAUGAUGGCUAGUUUGCCUGACCUGCGUAUGCUUCUUGCCACGCUUUGUCAUGCAUAAAUGCCAGCACCGGAAUAAAUAUUAUCCGAAAUUUAAUAAAUAUUUGUAUAUGAAUUCCAAAUCUAAUCUAAUAUAAUUCUUUUUCUCAACAUAUAU